AUGCUUAAGAUCCGGGUCUUCUCUGAGGAUCCGGGUCUCUUCGAAUACAUCGUAAGAGUGUUUGCGAUGUUACAACAGAUUGUAAAAGUCGUGGCAGCAAGACCUGUGAGCGAGUUCUCUAUUUCUCACGAUGGUCGAGCCAUCACCAUUGAUGGUCAUCGCCGAGUCCUCCUUUCUGGUUCAAUCCAUUACCCUAGAAGCACUCCUGAGAUGUGGCCAGAUCUUAUAAAAAAGGGUAAGGAAGGUGGUCUUGAUGCGAUCGAAACUUAUGUUUUCUGGAAUGCGCAUGAGCCUACUCGCCGUCAAUAUGAUUUCUCUGGAAAACUAGAUCUUAUUCGAUUCCUAAAAACCAUUCAAGAUGAAGGACUGUAUGGUGUUCUUCGCAUAGGACCAUAUGCAUGUGCCGAGUGGAAUUACGGAUCGGAUGAGAUGCAAAACUUCACAACUAUGAUAGUAGACAUGGUCAAAAAAGAAAAGUUGUUUGCAUCACAAGGAGGUCCAAUUAUCCUUACUCAGAUUGAAAAUGAGUACGGAAAUAUAAUGGGACCCUAUGGAGAAGCGGGUAAAUCAUACAUUAAGUGGUGUGCAAACAUGGCUCAGGCUCUCGAUGUUGGUGUUCCAUGGAUAAUGUGUCAACAAAAUGAUGCCCCUCAGCCUAUGUUGAACACAUGUAAUGGCUUUUAUUGUGACAAUUUUACACCAAACAGUCCCAACACUCCAAAGAUGUGGACUGAGAAUUGGACCGGAUGGUUUAAGCAAUGGGGUGGUAAAAAUCCUCAUAGAACAACUGAAGAUGUUGCAUUUUCUGUUGCAAGAUUCUUCCAAAGAGGAGGAACUUUUAAUAAUUAUUACAUGUACCAUGGAGGCACCAACUUUGAUAGAACCGCAGGUGGUCCAUACAUCACAACUUCAUAUGAUUAUGAUGCUCCCCUAGACGAAUAUGGUAAAUUUAAAUUAUAG